UUUGCUCACUCUAAGUGCAGCUGCUAAAAUCUUAACACCAGCAACUACUGACUGCCCAUUUUAUUUACGAUCCUUCACUCCCCAAUUUGAACUCGUCUUCCUUCAAUUCUCCGCCACAACAAUCGUCUUUCCCUCCUUUCGAUUCUCACGGGCCGUAUCAACUGCCAAAUCAGCCUCCAUCACAAACACCACCGCCGCCCUAUUAUCCACCGUUCGAUCACCAUCAGGCGCCUCCUCCCAGCUAUGCACCUCCACAAAACCCAAUCCCUAACCCUAAUCCUAACCCAGUCCGAUGUACUCGGCGGCUCCGUAAGGUCAGGUUACUGCCGGAGAGUCUUGGUCAGAACACCUUGGAUGUUCUCUGCCAGAGAGAGAGCGAGAGACAUCUAAGUGUAGCCGCUCCCUCUAGGGUUAAGCUUCACUCUUCCUGUCGGACCAAAUCGUAGCCAUGGCCGAAGUGAUGGCGCCUCCUCCGACUGAGCCGGCAGCUGCCAUUGUUCUGGAACCCCCUACAGCCUCACAACGAUGUCAAGCUCUUCAACCGCUGGAGCUUCGAAGAAUACAUAAUAAUCAAAUGACUAUGGUCCAAUUGAAAGGAAAUCCCCAAACCAAUUCAGCUUAUUUAAUCAAGUUGGAAUUGGUGGCAGCUAAGAAUCUUAUUGGUGCAAACUUAAAUGGCACAUCAGAUCCGUAUGCUAUUAUUACUUGUGGUACACAAAAGCGAUUCAGCUCAAUGGUUCCUGGCUCAAGAAAUCCCAUGUGGGGAGAGGAGUUUAAUUUUGCUGCUGAGGAGCUUCCUGUUAAGGUAGUAAUCAUGAUUUAUGAUCCAUACCAUUCUUAUAGUUACGGAUCCAAAACAUAGUUGUGGGACAAUUUUGAGAAAAUUAGUGUCAUGACCUUUUAAAUCAA